AACACUGGCACUGGACUUGAAGAAUUAGAUAUAUCAAACAAUCACUUAAGUUAUUUGUUUCCAUCAUCAUUCCGCAUACACCCACGUUUACGCGACAUACGUGCUGCUAAUAAUAAAUUUAGCUUCUUCCCAGCUGAACUGAUAUCAACGCUGCAGUAUCUAGAACACAUUGAUUUAUCUCAAAAUCAAUUGAAAACGAUUGAAGAAUUGGAUUUUGCACGUUUACCGCGUCUGCGUGUACUUCUGGUGGCACACAAUCAAUUGGAUAUGCUAAGCGAAAUGGCUUUCCACAAUUCUACACAGUUGCAAGUCGUUGACUUAUCUUACAAUAAUUUAGAUCGUAUAGGCGAACGCACUUUUGAGGGUCUAGUGCGUUUGGAGUUAUUAAAUCUAGAGGGUAACAAAUUAAAUGAACUUUCCGAUUCUGUUUUUGAGCGUUCAAAAUUACAAAUGCUAGAAAGUAUAAAUCUUGCAUACAAUAAAUUUGAUUAUGCACCAUUAAAUGCUUUGCAACGCCAAUACUUCUUCGUUUCUUCAGUAGAUUUAAGUCAUAAUAUGAUCAAAACCAUACCAGGGGAUGAUAGUAUUAUGGUGAAUAUCAAACAUCUUGAUUUGUCCUACAACCCACUGUCUGAUAUAGCAGUACAUAAUAUACUGAAUGAACCGAAAACAGUACGCGAACUAAAUUUAGCAGCAACUGGCAUUGAACACUUGGAAGCGCUAGAAACUCCAUUUUUACAAUACCUCAACUUGUCUGCAAACAAAUUGCAAUCUAUUGAUCCAGAUGUGUUUCAACGUGCUACUUUACUGGAAUCAUUAGAUUUAUCUAGCAAUCAAUUAGAAAAACUUAGUGAACUGGCACCUGCAUGGUCAAACUUAAAUGUACUACAGAAUUUGGAUCUUUCAAACAAUAGUUUCGAAGUGAUAGCACAAGGUGACUUAGAAAAUUUGAAUUCACUCCAAACACUACAUCUUAAUCACCUACAAAAUUGCAACCGCAUAGAAAAAAAUGCUUUCAAGCACACACCAAAUUUGGCGAACUUGGAAGCUUUUGAUUUACCUCUGUUAGGUUAUUUGGAUCUACAAGGUAUUUUAGAGUUAUUGCCAGGCUUAGAAACCAUUGACUUAGAAGUUAAAGAUUCAACUAUAGGCACUGAACAAAUACAACCGGCCAAACAUCCACGUCUGAAAUCAAUCGGCAUACGUGGUGAUCGUCUGAAGACAAUAUCUUCAGGUAGUUUAGCAGGACUAAAAAGUAGUGAUUUAACCAUAAAACUGCAAAACACAUCACUGAAUGCUUUACCGCCAGCAUUACUGUUCCCGGUACCACGGUCAGCACAUUUAACACUUGAUAUUGAGGGGUCUAAGGUAACAGUAUUAUUACCACAAUUUCUAAAUGCACUUGAAGAUCGUCGUUCCAGUUUGCAACUAAAAGGUCUUUCUACAAAUCCAAUACAUUGCGAUUGCAAUGCUCGUGCAUUAAGGCGUUGGUUACCAAAUUCUCAUAUGCUUGAUGUAAAAUGUCACAGUCCAGCCUAUUUGGCAGGCAAAAAAUUAAUAGAAGUCGGUGAUGAUGAACUAACAUGUGAUCCACGUAAAAUGACUACAACUACACAACGUCCUACGUCUCAACAUAUGUUAAAAUCGUCAUCACGCUUGGUGACACGCACAACAACAACUGAAGAACCGAUGAUUAUUUGGAGUUUAGAACCCACACAGCCACCACCUAUGAAAAUUAAAACCAAAGCCCCACUCAUGAAAGCGCCUAUUAUUAGCAAUGAUGAUACUCUUAUAAUUGGAAUUGUGGGCGGUGUUGUAGCUUUCAUUGCCAUACUUAUUAUUAUCAUUUGCAUUGUGCGGCUACGCAUGAGUAAUGUAGAAUAUCAUAACGCAGGCCCACCAAUGAUAGGUAUACCGCCAUUGCCAUUAGGCCCUGGCAGUGUACCACUUAGUUACAAAGGUGCUCCCCCCGCAACUGCUCUGUAUGCUGUGCCACCUUAUGCGGCACAGAGCUACGCUACACUGCCUCAUAAAGCUGCGUCAAUACAUCAGUCCACACAAAAUCUAAAUCAACGACAGGCGCAACAGGCGCAAGCAACCUAUUCGACCAUGUCACGUAUGUCAUACUUUGGUGGCAGCCAGCAACAACAACAACAACAAUCAUCAUCACAAAACGGCAAUCAACCAUAUAUAAUAUAUGCAGACGAUAAGGCCUAUAGAUAAACUUGAGAGGAGGUUGCGACGUGCGCGUACUAGGAUUAAUCGCACUUACAGUCAGUUGCGUAACAUUUACGUGACAUUAAAAUUUAAUUAAAUAACAAAAAAUAAAUAAAUAAAAAAUUAAUUAAUAUGCACAAGACUACUUAACAAGAAGAGUUGUAAACUCUAAAAUUAAGUUAAGUACACUUAUGAUUUGAAUAUAAAAUUAGACUUCAAGAAAUUGCAAAAUACUGGAAUGUAUUGUUAUAUUAUGUCCAUUUGUAAAUAAUGUUUAAGAUUUAGUUAAUUCGUACUAAUCAUAAUAAGUUUAAAAAAUUUCGUUAUUACAAGAAUGCAAUGCGAAAUUUCUAGUUUUUAUUUAAUUAUUUAUAAGUUAAUUUGUAAAUUUUA